AUGAGACCGCCGUCUCUAAGACUCCUCAAUGGAGUCGCACGGAUUUCUCGCAGAGGCUUCUCAACCUCCCCCGCGAGAUCCGUCGAUUUCACCCACGUUGUCAUAGGCGGCGGCGCAGUAGGCCUCGCAACAUCCCACCGCCUCGCCACCCGCCCAAACACCUCAACCCUCCUGCUAGAACGCCACACCGCCGUCGGGACCGAAACGUCCUCCCGCAACAGCGAGGUCAUCCACGCGGGCAUCUACUACGGCGCCGGCACCCUCAAGACAGCCCUCUGCGUGCGCGGGAAACACCUCUUGUACGACUUCUGCAAGGAACACCACGUAGGACACGCCAAUACCGGCAAAUGGAUCGUCGCGCAGAACGAGGCCCAACGAGAGGCGCUACAGCGCGUGCAUGAUUUCUGUACCGAGGAAAUUGGUGUCCCUGUUCGAUGGGUAAGCAAAGAGGAAGCAAGGAGGGAAGAGCCGGAAGUCCAGGCACUCGCCGGCGUGCUCGAGUCUCCGACAACGGGCAUCGUCGAUUCGCACGGGUUAAUGGUCGCCUUGACAGGCCUCUUUGAAGACGCGGGCGGCGUCGUGGCGCUCAACUCCCACGUCGUGGGCGUCACGCCGCUAGGCACUCACGGAUCCCAAGGGUGGGAGAUCAACGUCCGCGACCCAUCCACAGGAGAAACGAGCUCCGUCACGACAGAAACCCUGAUCAACGCCGCGGGCUUAGGCGCAGUCGACAUCCACAACAUGAUUGUCCCGCCCUCCCACCACCGACAAAUGUUCUACGCAAAGGGGAAUUACUUCUCCUAUUCGGGUAGCAGCAAACCCGCCCCCAACAUCAAGAGACUCAUCUACCCGGCCCCCGAACCAGGCGCCGGCGGGUUGGGGACGCACCUCACGCUCGACCUCGCGGGCAGGGUACGUUUCGGGCCGGACGUGGAGUGGGUCGAUGCACCCGACAAUCUAGCCGUCAACGGCGCGCGGCUGCCCGAGGCCGUGGAGGCGAUUAAAAAGUACCUGCCUGGUCUCGACGAGAGUGCCCUUGUGCCGGAUUACGCGGGGAUACGGCCAAAGCUGGGGCGGAAGCAGGCUGUUGCCGAGGGCAGCGGGUUCCAUGACUUUGUUGUCCGCAAGGAGGAUGGGUAUGAGGGGUGGGUGAAUUUGCUGGGCAUCGAGAGUCCCGGGCUGACGAGCUGUUUGGCGAUUGCCGAGCGGGUCGAGGAGAUUGUGUACGGGUAG